UAUUCGCAGGUAUCCUGGAUCCGUAAGCGUGAUUUACACAUCCUAACUGUGGGUGUGCAUACGUACAGCAGUGAUGCAAGGUUCGCUGCGCUCCACGCUGACGGAUCGGACGAAUGGACGCUUAGAGUGGCGCCCGCUCAACCUCGAGACUCGGGGGCUUACGAAUGUCAAGUUUCUACUGAGCCUAAGAUUAGUCUGUCUUUUCGUCUGACAGUUGUUGUCUCAAAAGCGGAAAUACUAUCUGGACCAGAGCUAUUCGUAAGGGCUGGCUCGGAUAUCAAUCUCACUUGCGUCGCGAAACACGCUCCCGAUCCUCCAAGCUUCAUCUAUUGGUACCGUGGAGAACAAGUAGUGAACUACGCACAACGAGGCGGCAUCAGCGUAGAAACUGAACAACGCACCCGCACUAGCCGACUGUUAAUAGCUCGAGCUGCUCCUCAUGAUUCCGGCAACUACACGUGUGCCCCCAGCAGUUCUGAAUCAGCAUCGGUAAUAGUUCACGUACUGAGCGGCGAGCGUCCCGCAGCCAUGCAAAGCUCUGGAUCUACGCCACAUCACCUGAACAGCGCCAUUCUCGCAACUGUUGCUGCCAUCAACAAUCGGCCCACCACCUGGCUACUACUUCUCUUACCGCUCUUUGGGCAUCACAUCUCAAUAAUAGCGAUAGUCAUCUCAAUCUUUUCUGCCAAUGUCUAUAUCCAUCUUACUGAAAUUAUAAACAAUUUAAGACUAGAAAAACAGUCUUUAAGAUGACCAAUUUCUAUGUGGUUACUUCUACGACUUCCAAAACGUUUUAAACUGCGGAAGAAAAUCCAUGUACAGAGUACAAUUGUAUAAUUUUUAUGUAACAUUAUUAAACAACUGUUUGUAUUGAUACAAACGAGUUUAAAAAACUGUUGAAUUUUGUUAGUGAUUUGUAUUUAAAAUACAACGAUAUUAUUAUUGUAUAUUUUCUAUGAGGUAAAUAAUAUGUUCAAAAGUAAUACGUCAAUUUUAUGGUCGACACUUCAAACAGUAUAAAACCCUUUUGUUAUUUUACCCUUUUAUGAAAGACGAAGUAAAAUAAUUUCGAUAAUAAACGGGCUCUAAGAAGAUUAGCGGGACGCGUUUACUUUACAAGGAGCGUUAUAAGAUUAUCCUUAGCUGAUUCUCCUUUGUUUUUCCAGCUAACUACGCCCGUCGUCUUAAUCCUGUGCCGAGAUUACUAGCGAAUCGAUUUCGUUAUUCCAAUCUGGAACGAACCAAGAUUGAAUGGAAGCAAGAAGCUUAUCUAUAUGUAAUGUAUCUAAGCCUUCAGUUGCUCUCUUUGCCACGUUAUUUGCCUUCGAUCUAGUUGGACAAACAAGCGUCGACAAUGUUCGUAUGCGAUGACGAUUCUCAUUCCGACAAUAAACUUUGUCGAUUCCUUUGAUCUCACUUCGCAUUUCGAAGAUAUCACUGCGAUGUAGUUCUUGAUAUAUUUUAAUACGACUAUUCAAGCAGUUUUUUUCAAGAGGAAUAAAUAAAUAUAACUAUAAUUAAUAAAUAAUACUCGUUUCAUUAAAGGUCCAACGUCGAUUGAAUUGAAAACUUAUUAGGCAAAUUCAAUGAAAAUAUAUUUCAGUUCGAUUUAUUAUUUUGACGAAUUACGGUAUUGUUGGUACAAAAAAAAUUAAUAAAAAAAUACAUUAAACUCGUUGAAUACGCUAUAAAUCAACAGAGAUUCGGUUACUCAUCGUUGCGGCAUGGAAUAUAAUAUUUAUAAAUGAUAAAAUAUUUAUUUAUUUGCACGGUUAUCUUUACAGGCAUAGACAGAAUGCAAUAUUGUAUCUAUAUUAAAACAUUAUUUGUCUUUUACAAAACACAUAUUAUAAAAAUAUUCUGCAUACAAACAUUAAUGCUAUCCUUCUACCUAAAAUACAUAGGCAGCAAGAAAAUCUUUUAAAAUAAUUCAAUUGUAAUUUUUUUUUAUAUUUAAAACUUAAAUUUAAAACGUGUUUUUAAAUCCUAUAAAAAUUGGUAUAAAUGAUACUUUUACGUUUCUAAAAGGUAACCUUUUCGUCAUUAAAAGUAGAGCGUAAUAUCUUGAAACUAUUGACUGUUUAUUUCGUAAGUACGUACUCGACUGCCUUUCCUUUACUAAGAGAUGCGAUUGUUAGUUUUCAAACGACCUCGUCAAUUGACAUACUCUUAUCAAUGUUCAAGAUGUCCGUUCUUUCUUUUCAGAGAAAAGAAAAUACUUUUAAGUCCAUACUUUUCUUCAGUAUAUGACUAAUUUAAUGAAAGUUCCAAUUCACUGCUUGAAUUUAGAUAUAUUAUUCGGUAUUAUUACGGUCUAUGAUCUUAUUUUUUAUGACUUGAUAAAUCUUAUUUAUAUGUUUAUACUUGCAUAGUUACUGAGUUAACACACAUAUACAUUAUACAUACAUUUAUUGGAAUUAGUAAAAAUUACUUAUACUGAAUUCUCUAGAUAAUAACAUGGUUCCAUUCCAGAUCAUUUCGUAGCAUAUCUGCCGGAUCAGUACUAAACGUUACUUUCAGUUACUUUUGUUUUUAUACCAUGUUUGUCCUUGUUUUCCUUACUUAUGUGGAAAGAGUGAGGACACAAACAAAUUUACGAGUUUCUAAGUAAACGGACAAGACAAAAGGGUAAGUAAGACAUAAGGUCACUUUAUCAAUGUUCUAUGUGUUUACAACUUUAUUUCUUUCAUUUGUAGACAAAUUUAUAUAACUGUGACUUGUCGUGGACAAGUAAAAAAUUGUAUUAUAACGUUAUUGAAAAAUUAUUUAGGUUAUAAUAUCAAUAUUAUAAAUAUAGGAUCUUUGAGAAUAAAUUAAUUGAGAUUUUUAAUACUAAGAGAAUUAGAUUCUUGUAAAUAUAAUUAUAGAAGUGUGUAAAUAUUAAUAGGUGUAAAUAAAAUUAUUUACUUUAUGUU